AUUACAGUCGUUGGCAGGAAAGCAUAAUGCGAGAAGCCUAGAGCAAACAGGAAAUGAAAGGAAAACAAAAGUGCACAUUUGAUGAGUGUACUGGAUCGAGUAGAAGUGUAAGAGAUCAAGAAGUGAGAGCAGUGGGAAGGAUAGUGCGUAACAGAGAGAACGGGGAAGAGCACAAAAGUAGAUAAGAGAGGACAUUGGGAAGUGCAAUAAAAUACUACUAAUUAAACCCUCACAGAUGGCGUCACUUGCGUAAAAAGAAAUGAAAGUGUAUUGGCAGUCUGGCAACGCUGUCAAACCGAAACCUUAAACUAACCUAAAAUUUGACUGUUUCUCAACAAAAUAAAAAUAGGUCAGUUUUUAGUUAUUUAUUGAAAAGACAUCGAACGGCCAGCUUCAAAAUGAAAGCGUGCCGCACCUGCUUAAAAGUGCUAUAUGACGAAACCGAAUGUUUUGCUGUAGACACCGAAGAAGAGUCCGGCACAAGUUUACCAUCCCUUAGAAGCAAACUAAUCAGUUGCGUACCUGAAAUGGCGUUAGACGUAAUACAAUCGGCCGUCAUAUGCUGUAACUGCUUCCAAGCGUUAAACGCCGCGUACAAUUUUAAGAACACGUGCCUACAGACCGAGGAGAGAAUUAUUAAUUACACACAGUGCAACGGCACAAGUUCGAUAGAUAUCAUAGACAUUGUGCGGGAAGACGAAGGAUCUGACUAUCUCACCAUUGAGGAUGUUAAACCGAUGUUUAAUGAAUCGUCACUACUCCAACCGCAAGUCUCACUCGAGGAGGGGUCAAAUUACCUGCACAAAUCGCAGAACUUACCUUACAGUCCCGAAUUUGACGUCGAAGUUAAACAGUACACUCCAACACAAAGUAUCGAUCCCUUUGGCGAUAUCAAUUCACCGCUACUAGUCUACAGGGAGAUAAAGCCGUACAAGUGCACGGAGUGUCCGAAGUGCUUCGUGCGCAAAGACAAACUGAUGCUGCACAUGCGAAUACACACCGGCGAGAAACCGUUCACGUGCACGUUUUGCGGCCGCUCGUUCAGCCGCAAGGACAAAAUGAACAAUCACGAGCGGAUACACACGGGCGAGAAGCCGUUCCAGUGCAUAUUCUGUCUCAAGUCGUUCUCGAGGAAGGACAGGAUGAACGCGCACAUGCGAUCUCAGCACGCGCAGGCCGUCGCCAAUUUGGAGAUCACGGUCGUGAAGAAGGAGUCGGAUCACGAGCCGCCCCAGCUUCAGGAGGCAGCGUAAUGACUAAAAGUGCUACCGUGGGGGGCAUUUAUUCGAGGAAUCAUCCGGCUGCAGAUUACUUAACCAUUUUAUUGUAUUUAUUAAAUCGAUGUAGAUCUAUUUUGAUGAUUGUUAAUUGUAAAGCAAAAUAAAAAGCAGAUAUUUUUGGAA